CUUUGAUAAUUUCUGUUAUAAUCGUAACUACGCUAGCUAAAAUUGUUAGUAUCUUUUGUAUCAUCAAGAUGAACGCUCGUUUUCAAAUGCUUAAUUUUCUCUAUUUCGCUCUGUAUUUGCAUUGUACACGUUUGAUCAAUUCAGAAGAAAGAAUCAUCGGUGGCUCAGACAUCAGUAUCGAAUCAGUUCCUUAUGUGUUGUCAUUGAUGUUGAAUGGUGAAUACGCAUGCAGUGCUUCUAUAAUAAACAAUAAGUGGGCCAUAACAGCAGCCCAUUGUGUAACAGCAGUUCUUAAUCCUCUUAAAGAAAUCAGCGUUUGCAGCGGAUCCUCCAUUCUUUACGAAAAUUGCAUCAUUCAUAAUGUUACCGAUUUUUAUAUACACGAAGACUACAAUAGCAUAAUCAACGAUUAUGAUAUUGCUGUUAUCAAAGUAACGCCUUCGUUCGCAUACAAUAGUUUUACAAAACCAGUUGGUUUAGCACCAUAUAACGCUGAAAAUGUCUUUAAAGAAUGGGGCGUAGUCUGCGGUUGGGGAUAUUAUUUGAAAUGCGACGAUGAAAUCGAUCCAUUUGUGGCGAAAAUGUUGAAAUGUAUCGAAAUACCGAAAAUAGAAAGAAACUUAUGUUACGAAGAUUAUAAAUUUAGAUCCGAAAUAACAAAUCAAAUGAUAUGUUAUGGAUAUCAGGAUGGAGCCCAAGAUGCUUGUCAAGGUGAUUCUGGAGGAGCAUUAGUUAACAAGGACAAUAUUUUACUCGGUAUAACUUCAUGGGGAGACGGUUGUGGCAAAUUAUAUUCACCUGGAAUAUACACCGAUGCUGUAGCUCUGCGACAUUGGAUUAAAAAUAAAAUUGACAUGAAUACUUAAGAUAUCUAUAUUACUAUAAAUACGCGUGUUUUACGAAAUAAUAAAGUAUCAAAAUAUAGUUGUAUCAAAUUUAUAUCUACUUCACACAAGUAGAAAAAGUAUUGUGUUAUCAACAUUCAAUUGGAAAACACUCAAUAAACACGAAAUUCUAUUAUU